UACUAAACAAAUACAUUACAUAUAAAAAUAUACAUUACUCUCUUUAUACACUUUGGUAAUGCUGCCUCGAUAAAAACCUUGUUGAGGAAAUUAAAACCCAGUGGGAAAAAACCUUGGACAAGGGCAAAAGAGUGCAACACGAAUAUACUCCCCCUGUUGAUUGCAUCACUUCGGGUCUUCUUGUUGAAUCCAAUCCAAUCCAAUGCAAUCCAAUCUGGUUGCUAACUUCUCGAAUGAAAUAUCAUACUCCCUCCGUCCCUAAUAAAACUUCCAAAUAGGUUUGGCACACAAUUUAAGAUAGUGGGUAUUGUGUGGUGGAGAGUUGUGCAGAGGAGAGAGAAACGUGUAAGAAUUGUUUUGAACCACAAAUUCUGGCCAAAAAGGGAAAGUGGAAGUUUUAAUUGGGACGAACAAAAAAGGAAAGUUGGAAGUUUAUUUAGGGACGAAGGGAGUACUAUGUAAAACGGUGUGUUGUAAAACCCUUUUUGUAAAACGUUAAUCACCUUGUUGGAAAAACCCUACGGGGAAAAAUCGAUCAAGGAAAAUAGUACAUAAUAUAUGUAAAACGGUGUGUUGUAUUGAUCGUCUCAUUAAAAACCUUUAACUAAGAAUUGUGAUCUUCAAGUUCAAUUAUUAACUCAAGGGCAGUACCGGUAUAAGGCGUAUUGCUCUAUACAGAAAUGAAUAGAAGCUUAGAGUUUCCUUCGAAAUAUGUCGUGUGCAGCUGACAUUUACUUGGAAUUGUGACCAUGUAGCACACAUUUACCAUGGUAGAGAAGAAUACUUGAACAGAAGAAUCAAUGAUCACACAUCUACUCAAGACCUAAAGAGACAAAUGAGUGUACAUAUAGUUUUUACUUUCUAGAGCAUUGAACACAGCUUACAAAAAACAUCAAUCAAUGAUCACGCAUCUACUCAAAACCUAUGUAACCCAUGUAAAAAAAUAUAGCAGAGUUAUAUUGGUUGUUGAAUUUGAAUAUCAUCAUAUAACUCUUUAUAUUGGAGAUGGUACCUUCAAUAAAGAUUAUUGUUUUUGCUUGUUUGAUUUCACUUUUCUGGUAGAUUGCCACCCUUUAGUAGUUUUACAGGAGGGACUUAUAACGUUGUUGUUGGGAUAUAUUAUCCCGGCCUAUUACUGUUCAUGAGUCCAAGGCUUUACGUAGUACGGAGCCCGAGCAGCUAGGCCCAUUUCGGCCCAUCCGGCCCACUUUAGCCAUUUGGGCCCACUCCGGCCCAUGCGGCCCAUUAGGGUGGAGAGCAUCCCCUUCCCCUAUUCUCUAUAAAUAUGGGAGUUUCCCUCCAUAUUAGGGAUCCUUUUUCUUCUUCCUUUAGCUCUCUAGAUUAGAUAAUACUCCAUUAAUGGGAGCUCAAAUUGUACUAUGUAAUGGUGAGGAGAAUCCUAAUGAGAAUGAGAGGGCUUGGACAUUAGCCUAAAAAGUCCCGUGGUUUUCUCCCUUUCCGGGUUUCCACGUAAAAAUAGCUUGUUCAUACACAUUUAUACAUAUAUUUACUAUAUCGUGUUGGAUUAAACUCAACACUGGCGCCGUCUGUGGGAAUCUGUCCAAAAAGAUUCAUGUGUUCUACUGUUCUUGGGUUUCUAAAAAAAAAAACCAUACGGAUGAACUGGAUUCCAGAAAAGAAAAAAGGAAAGAAAUGGCUCUGAGGGAAGAAGAAACGAAGAAGGUACAGAAAUUGGGAAGCCAAAUCUGGAUUUUUGUUUCCAAGUCUGUUUUUGAAGUCGCCGGAGCCACCGCCGUACCCGCCGGCAGGGAGCCUCCGUGGUGUUAGCCGGCACCAGAAAAAGCUCGCUUAAGCACCCCAAAUCUCAUAGCACCUACAACACAGCUGCUCGUCACGCGCAGCUGCUUCUGCCGCCUAAAGUCGCCGCACCGCCGCUCGCCGCCGGCGGUCAACCACCGACUACCCCUCCGCCUGGUCAGUCGCAGGGCGAGCCUCCACCAGCCAUCCUGUUCGACCGCUGUGACCUGAGGACCUGCCGACUGGGAGUUUGAUUUCCGCCAUUAAUGGUGUUUUUUAAGCUCAAAGGAAGUAAAAUCUGAAGCUCAAAAGAUCUCCCAACGAAACUACACCCUCUGGCCGGCCUUGCUCUGCCGUGACCACCAUCUCCACCGACGGAAGGUGGCCGGCACGUGCAGCCUGCUGAUGGGUUGGUAGAAGGCUGUUCCAUCUGUCUGUCCUGAGAGGUACACUCCGCGUAAAUGCCUUGGUCUGAAGCUGACCACGUCCGCAAGUUUUGGGACCAAGAAUAGAAGGUUGGCUGCUUUGGAAGAGUUGACCAGCAGCUGGGUCUGCACAACAUGAUAAAAGGGAAGCAAAUCUGGCUCUACAUAGCCUCGUUACUGGCCGAGUCUUUAACUUGGAAGCUAAGUGCCACUUACUCCCUUUAUUUAAGUAUUCGAAUAAUGAAGCAUGAUUAAAUAUUGCAAUUAAUUUGUAUCACCAUUAUUUAUUAGGGAUUGAAACUCCCGAAAUUAAAUAAUGAGAGCGAUGCUCUAAGUGAUAGUUAGUUUUCGCCGUCAUUUAAAUUUAAUGACUAAUUGUUGUGGGCCCGUCGGCCCGCUCCUGAUCGGCUUUAAUUAGCGAACGGAGUAUACUUGAAUGGCCUUUGAUAGGAAAAUAUCAUUGCUAUUACCUGUUACGCCACUACUAUUUAUUAGGGAUAAAAAUGCCCCGAAUUAAAUAAUGUGGAGCGAAGCUCUAGUGAUAGUUAGUUCGGCCAAUAUUUAUCGAAUAUUUAAUUUCUUGAGGGCCCGAUGGCCCACUCUCAAUCAGCUUGAUUAAGCGAUCCGAGCGUCUCCAGAAGGGCGAUGCCCCGACGACGCAUUUUAAUUGGGGGGUUAAGCAUUGGUCCGCACGACACCAAGUGCCCGAGCGACGAUCGUACCCUAGUACCAUCUGCGCCACUAGGCGAAGUGACUGUGCCAAACGCGGCCUGUGGGGCCCGAGGGCACCGAAGUGCUCAACCUCAUUUUUUUUUGAGGGUAGUGCGACCAACUUGGGUCUGAAUUUGAAAACUCACGGACCGGUGAAUAUUUCUAUGUGACGUUCGGCGGGCUGCUAAUUGGCCCCGCCGCGAGCUGCUACGUCCAUUAACCCCGCACGAUGAGCCGGGCCGAGGGUCACGAUGACCCAUAGGCCGGUAAUCGUGGGUGUUAGAGGGAAGCCGCGAUGACCCAUGCAGAUGGUUAUGUGUGCAUAUUUAUUGUCGGGCCGUGCGGCCCGUUACCAUGCUUAUUGCGCAGCUGAAGCCGCUCGACGCGCUCGAGCGAAAUGAUUAAAAGACGAUCGGCCUACGCCUCAAAGACGUUCAGGGCCAGCCAAAGUGGAGACCAUCACGACUGAGAGCCGAUGGACGAGCAUCUCUACCCAGAGGUCGAGGGCCUAGAAGAGACCACCACGGUUGAGAACCGUUGGACGAGCAUCUCCACCCCAGAGACCGAUGGCCUAGGAAGAACACCUAGAGGCCGAGGUCUAGAGGCGAAUGCCAUGACAGAGAAUCGUGAGACGAUCACCCGUCAUUCAGAGGCCGAGGGCCUAGAAGAGAUCAUCACGGCCGAGGGCCGUCUGACGCCAUCAUUAUAUCACGACCGGCCUCUCGGACCGGCGUGAUUAUCAUAUUCGAAGACCGGCCUCGUCCCCGCCACCUCGCGGACGAGGACCGUUGCUUGACCAUAUCUUGAUCGGCAUCUCAUGGCCGACGUUAUCAUACCACGACCGGCCCCUCGGCUCGGCGUGUUCAUCUUUUGAAGACCGGCCUCGUCCCCACACCUCGCGGACGAGGACCGCUGCUUGUUUCUUUCAGGUUGGCCUAUCAUUGCCGACACCAUUAUAUCACGACCGGCCUCCCGGCUCGGCGUGCUUUCCAUGUUUGAAGACCGGCCUCGUCCCCGCCCUCGCGGACGAGGGCCGUUGCUUGAUUCUUUCGGAUCGGCCUCUCAUUGCCGACACUGUCAUAUCAUGUUCGGCCCCCCCGGCCCGGCGUGAUUAUCAUCUUCGAAGACCGGCCUCAUCCCCACAUUGCGCGGGUGAGGACCGUUGCUGGAUUUCAGGUCGGCCUGUCAUUGCCGAUGUCAUCAUUGUACCACGACCGGCCUCUCGGCUCGGCGUGCUUAUCUUUUGAAGACCGGCCUCGUCCCCGCCCUCGCGGACGAGGACCGUUGCUUGAUUUUCUCAGAUCGGCCGCUCAUUGCCGACACCAUUAUACCACGACCGGCCUCUCGGCGGCGUGCUUAUCUUUUGAAGACCGGCCUCGUCCCCGCCACCUCGCGGACGAGGACCGUUGUUUGAUUCUUUCAGGUCGGCCUCUCACUGCCGACACUAUCAUGUUAUGCUCGGCCUCUCGGCACGACAUAUUUAUCUUUUGAAGACCGGUUUCAUCCCCGCGCUGCGUUGGAUGAGAGCCGUUGCUCGGAUAUAUCGGCCUGACCGGACACUAUUGCCAUCUCCAUUAUCAGGACCGACUGCUCAGCGACAUUAUGAUCAUUGUAUAUCGGCUUCCAAUGCCGACCUUCUUGAGUUAGCGAUCGGGCUCACCCCUCCCUUCAUGAGGGUGACCAUCGCCUUCGCAUGACAUUAUGUGUGACAUCACUUGUGGUUAUUCUUGGAACCGACGAACGUAUUUUCCUCCCUCAAAAAAAAAAAAAAAAAAAAAGAAAAAAAAAAGAAGAAAAGAAAAGAAAAAAAAAAGAUGGGGAGAAGGGGAGACGAGAUCCUAUGAGAGAGGGAGUCUUGACGAGGUAUGCCUGAUCUUCCUUCGCCGCGUAUGACGAACGUCUCCCGACGCGGAGGCUAGUAGGAACGUGGGGGGGCUAGACGUACCAAAGGGAACCUCGGCAAGAUAAACCAGUUCCUCCCAUGACCCGUGGUUCGAUGAACACCUUCUGCUAAAGCAGAAGGCUAGUAGGGCCACGAGCAUGGGACGACGAAGCAGGGAAUCCCGACGUGGAUAAACCAGUGACCUCCUUGCGAUCGUUGGAUGACCGAACGUCUUCUUCGAAACAAGAAGAUUAGUAGGACCACGACAGGGACGAACGAAGAAUAGGGAAUCCCGACGUGGAUAAACCUGUUCCUCCUUGCGAUCGUGGGAUGACCAAACGUCUUCUUCGAAGUAAGAAGAUUAGUAGGACCACGACAAGGACGAACGAAGAAUAGGGAAUCCCGACGUGGAUAAACCUGUUUCUUCUCAUAGUUGGGAUGACGAACGUCUCCUGCGAAACCAGGAGACCAGUACUCACGAGACUUGGGAAGAACGAAGAACCAGUUCUUUACCGGAGUCUGUUGCGUGCCGAGUGUAAACCGCUUAGCGGUCCAUACAUAGGACCACGGAUACGGUAGACGAACGAAGACCAGCUCCAUGGAUCCGACAUGAAGAACCAGUUCUUUACCGGAGUCUGUUGCGUGCCGAGUGUAAACCGCUUAGCGGUCAAUACAUAGGACCACGGAUACGGUAGACGAACGAAGACCAGCUCCAUGGAUCCGACAUGAAGGACCAGUUCUUUACCGGAGUCUGUUGUGUGCCGAGUGUACACCGCUUAGCGGUCCAUACAUAGGACCACGGAUACGGUAGACGAACGAAGACCAGCUCCAUGGAUCCGACAUGAAGAACCAGUUCUUAUCGGAGUCUGUUGCGUGCCGAGUGUACACCGCAUAGCGGUCCGUACAUAGGACCACGGAUACGGUAGACGAACGACGAUCAGCUCCCCAGAUCAGGUAGGAGGGACAUCGCCCAGAUUUAUUUCAGGCUCACCAUUCUUUCCCGGAUGGAGUCCUGGCAGACGAUCGGCUUCUCACAGCCAAUCAGGAGAGAGACUUGACACAUCACCAGCACGGCCGAGGGCCGCGAGACGAUUAUCACUCACCGACAGGCCGAGGGCCAUGAGAUGAUCAUCACUAUUUUUCUGCAUCACGAUCGGCCCCUCAGCGCCAUCGUGUCCAGACUCACGGUUCGGCUCGCCCAUCCACUCCAGGAUGGCGACGACCGUCUUGUGCAGUAUGAUCGGCCCCUCAGCGCCAUCAUACCCAGUUCACGGUUCGGCUCGCCCAUUCCCUCCAGGAUGGCGACGACCGUCUUAUGCAGUACGACCGGCCCCUCAGCGCCAUCGUACCCGGCUCACGUUCAGCUCGUCCAUCCCUUCCAGGGUGGCGACGAACGUCUUAUGCAGUAUGAUCGGCCCCUCAGCGCCAUCAUACCCAGCUCACGUUCAGCUCGCCCAUCCCCUCCAGGAUGGCGACGACCGUCUUGUGCAUCACGAUCGGCCCCUCAGCGCCAUCGUGUCCAGUUCACGGUUCGGCUCGCCCAUUCCCUCCAGGAUGGCGACGACCGUCUUAUGCAGUACGACCGGCCCCUCAGCGCCAUCGUACCCGGCUCACGUUCAGCUCGUCCAUCCCUUCCAGGGUGGCGACGAACGUCUUAUGCAGUAUGAUCGGCCCCUCAGCGCCAUCAUACCCAGCUCACGUUCAGCUCGCCCAUCCCCUCCAGGAGGGCGACGACCGUCUUGUGCAUCACGAUCGGCCCCCUCAGCGCCAUCGUGUCCAGUUCACGGUUCGGCUCGCCCAUUCCCUCCAGGAUGGCGACGACCGUCUUAUGCAGUACGACCGGCCCCUCAGCGCCAUCGUACCCGGCUCACGUUCAGCUCGUCCAUCCCUUCCAGGGUGGCGACGAACGUCUUAUGCAGUAUGAUCGGCCCCUCAACGCCAUCAUACCCAGCUCACGUUCAGCUCGCCCAUCCCCUCCAGGAUGGCAACGACCGUCUUGUGCAUCACGAUCGGCCCCUCAGCGCCAUUGUGUCCAGUUCACGGUUCGGCCCGCCCAUUCCCUCCAGGAUGGCGACGACCGUCUUGUGCAGUAUGACCGGCCCCUCAGCGCCAUCAUACCCAGUUCACGGUUCGGCUCGCCCAUUCCCUCCAGGAUGGCGACGACCGUCUUAUGCAGUAUGAUCGGCCCCUCAGCGCCAUCGUACCCGGCUCACGUUCAGCUCGUCCAUCCCUUCCAGGGUGGCGGCGAACGUCUUGUGCAGUAUGAUCGGCCCCUCAGCGCCAUCAUACCCAGUUCACGGUUCGGCUCGCCCAUUCCCUCCGGGAUGGCGACGACCGUCUUAUGCAGCACGAUCGGCCCCUCAGCGCCAUCGUGUCUCUUUCACGUUCGGAUCGCGCAUCUCUUCCAGGAUGGCGACGAACGUCUUAUGCAGCACGAUCGGCCCCUCAGCGCCAUCGUGUCUCUUUCACGUUCGGAUCGCGCAUCCCUUCCAGGAUGGCGACGAACGUCUUAUGCAGUGCGAUCGGCCCCUCAGCGCCAUCGUACCUGGCUUCACGGUUCGGCUCGCACAUUCUCUCCAGGAUGGCGACGACCGUCUUAUGUAGCACGAUCGGCCCCCUCAGCGCCAUCGUGUCUCCUUCGCGUUCGGAUCGCGUAUCUCUUCCAGGAUGGCGACGAACGUCUUAUGCAGUGCGAUCGGCCCCUCAGCGCCAUCGUACCUGGCUUCACGGUUCGGCUCGCACAUUCCCUGCAGGAUGACGACGACCGUCUUAUGCAGCACGAUCGGCCCCUCAGCGCCAUCGUGUCUCUUUCACGUUCGGAUCACGCAUCCCCUCCAGGAUGGCGACGAACGUCUCAUAUGCAGCACGAUCAGCGCCCCAGCGCCAUCGUGUCUGGCUCGUGUUCGGCUCGCCCAUCCCUUCCAGGAUGGCGACGAACAUCUCUUAUGCAGCAUGAUUGGCCCCUCGGCGGCAUCAUGUCUAGUCCACCUUCGGCUCCGCCCAUGCCAUCUCGGAUGGGGGACCCGUCUUACGCAGCACGUCUGCUUCUCGGCGCUGACAUGCCCGGGUUAUCGAUGAGAGCUACUGCUUCUAUCACAUCUUGCAUUCCCUCUCUCAUACAUUACAUACAUACAUUACAUGCAUACAUACAUUCAUGCAUCAUACCUCAUACAUUCAUACAUACACACGUGCAUCAUGUUUUGACAGUACCGCGACGUCGGUUUAUAGAUGAUGGACCUCUAAGCUUCUCCGAUUGGAAAGCUCGAGUCAGAGUUCUUUACUCCCGCCUGAUGCAUUCAGGGGGAGUGUGCCCGUGGAGGAGCACCCUUCGCCCGACCCUGUCAAGAAGGGGGGUGCCUCACUGGUAGAUUACGUUCAGGAGUGCAGACACUCACUCAUAUAUGAUGAUUAUGUGAAGACACAGUUUUCAGCAAGACAGAGUAAGAGCGCAGGCAGAGUAUAUUUUCUCGAGCAGAUUCGCGAGCUCACUACUCAAGAAACUGGGGGACUUGUGUUGGGAUAUAUUAUCCCGGCCUAUUACUGUUCAUGAGUCCAAGGCUUUACGUAGUACGGAGCCCGAGCAGCUAGGCCCAUUUCGGCCCAUCCGGCCCACUUUAGCCAUUUGGGCCCACUCCGGCCCAUGCGGCCCAUUAGGGUGGAGAGCAUCCCCUUCCCCUAUUCUCUAUAAAUAUGGGAGUUUCCCUCCAUAUUAGGGAUCCUUUUUCUUCUUCCUUUAGCUCUCUAGAUUAGAUAAUACUCCAUUAAUGGGAGCUCAAAUUGUACUAUGUAAUGGUGAGGAGAAUCCUAAUGAGAAUGAGAGGGCUUGGACAUAGGCUAAAAAGUCCCGUGGUUUUCUCCCUUUCCGGGUUUCCACGUAAAAAUAGCUUGUUCAUACACAUUUAUACAUAUAUUUACUAUAUCGUGUUGGAUUAAACUCAACAGUUGUCAAUCAUAUCAUUGAAACCUGCACUUUUUUAAAUUGACUUAUAACGUAUUAAAUGAUCUCAAUUAGAAGUCAAAUAUCGGUUGCAAGGUUAAAGUUAGUUUUCUGACUGUAUUAACUAUUUUUUCAUAUAAUUUUUUCUUUAUUUAAUUAAUAAAAUAUAUUUUAAAUAUUUUUUCCAUAAAUCAGCAGAACCAAUCAAUCCAAGCACUUCAGCCAGCACUUCAUAAAUUUCAGCAGAAUCAACCAAUACAAC